UAUAUUUCUGUCAGGUUAUGGAAGUGAAUGGCUUGUAAUUAAUAAUAAAGCAAUAUAAUCAAAUUAUAUAUCUCAUUAUUAUUUGAUCACAUAUUUGAAGAGGAUGCCGUUUUACAUUCGAGCAAGACAGCAGGACAUUCCAACUCCAACAAUCAGUAGUGUGGGAUCAGACGAUGAAGAUAAUUUCAUAACCGAUCCCGAAAAAAUUUUUGACGAACUUCCGCAACCUUUCAGAUUGAUUAAUAAAAUUGUAAAUGAAAUAUUCGAAGCAUCAUGGGACAACAUUUCAGCGCUCGAAAUUGAACGGGAAUUGGAGGCAAAAAGGGUGCGUCCACCAACAUAUACACCAUCAUCAGCAUUUGAAAAAUUUCAAAAUGUAUCUUGUAUGUGUAGCACUGACAGCAACUUACUUUUUCUUGGCCUUGAAAAUUCUUUGGUUGUCAUCAAUAAUGACACACUAGAAAUGAUUUGUUCUUGGUCGCCGGAAGAGGGAAUUUGUGUUGAUAGAAUCAUGUGUAGUUAUCAUCAAACUAGUGAUUUGUAUUUGCUUGCCAUUAUAGAUGAUAUGGGCUUUGCUCGAUUACUUGUUUUGGAAAAUGACACUUUCCACUUUGUUGCUAUUCUGAAUGAACUUCUUGAAGGCUCACCCAAAUCAAAUGCAACAAAAUUUGAAAUAUCUGCUGAUGGUCAAUACUGCUCUGUGGCUUUGGAGUCUGAGAAAGUUUGCUGGAUUGAAUUUUAUAAAAUACCAAUAGAAAACUGGACAAAAGAAAUAGAAACCGGAAGAAAGGAAUAUUUAAAGAAAGUAGAAUCAAUGACAGCAACAUCUACAAGUGAUAUGUCUGUGGAAAAUGAUCUCACAAAAGAGUCUUCUUCUGAAUUGGCAUUUCCAGAAAUAAAAUAUUCACCACUGAGUCUGGUUUUGAAAGUCAACCAACCACUACCUAUUAAAGGGACAAACGCGAAAACAGCUCAGCAAAUGCUGGACCAAAUAAAUUCUGGUGAUGUUAUAGGUGAUGGGACAUUCCAUGGUGUCACCGAUACUUCAUUUGUUAUCCAAGAAAAAUUAUUUGCUCAUCUUAAUGAAAGAGACUUGAUGUUUUCCGAAGAUGAAAUCGUUACUGAAACCAAUUAUCCCUCAUUUUAUUUUCUGAAAAAAAGUUGUAUGGAACCGAGUAUACAAGGCAAGGUUGAUUCCAUUUACACUCAUGUAGGAAUUUGGUUUUCACAUCAUCAUAAUUUCUACAUCUACCAGUUAAACAAAGGAGGAAAAAAUAUUGAGUUUAGACCUGAUAGUGUUUGGCCACAAUCUUCAAAUAUUACCUGCUGUGUUUUGGCUAACUCAACCAUGCUUCUGGCCAUAGGCGUCGAAAAGGGCUCUUUGACACUUUGGGAUAGAAAUAUGGGACUUGUGAAACAUGUUGUCUCAAUCUGCAACACUGUUGCAAUCACCAGGAUUAGCUUUUUAAACAUGAUGGAUAAUGGUGUAAAUAAUAAUCAACACAUGGCAGAAAAUGUACAAUUGUUGGUUGGUUGUGCUAAUGGUCAAAUUUCAAAAAUAUGCUGCGAAAAAGAAAAAAAGCCGCUGAUAGUUGUUCCUGCAGCUUCAACUCAAGAGAAUUCCUUCGCCCUAAUCAAACCUAUACCCAAUCUAUCGCAAGUAUUUUUAAUAGUUUUGCAAGAUGGAAACAUGUUAUUAAGGAGCACUGAUAGAGAUGAGAUCUAUUGCAACCUUUCUUUACCAGUAGAUUACAAAUUUGAAAAUCCUUUUGAAACAGGCAUUUUGCUGGAUCCAAACGGUGAAGUUUUGCAUGUAAGGGGAAGUAAAUUGUUAUCAAAUGACAAUGACAUAUUUUUGUUUCAUCUUCGAAGUUUCCCAACUCUGGACAAAAUCCGUGCAUCACAAGAAGAGGAACAGUAUGACAAGCCAACAAAAUUCAAUGAUGUGAUUCAGAAUCUUCUUACUCAGCGAAUGCAGAAACAAGCUGCUCGUACAUCUAUUCUUGCAUCGAGAUGGCACAAUCUUCACAAACAACUUAAUAUUGUUCUCAACUUGAAGGAAACAAUGCUUAUGAGUAAGAAAGAAGCUCAAUACUCACAAUCUUCUUCACCUGCAUCUCACUGGAGUCGAACGACAACUAAAAUUAUUGCACACAACAAAGACCUUAAAACAUAAGGAAUUUAAAUUGUAUUUGAUUCAUCAACAUCGCCAAGUCCUUCUUUACAGUGUUUGAGGCCUUUGUUACCUGUUAUGCCCACAGUAUCACCAUCUGAUUAACUUGAGGGAAGUGACAAAAUAGGGUUUUAGGAAUGGUAUCAGACUUAUGUAAAUUGUAAUUCAGAUAUAGCACUGUUUUUAUUUUUAAAUACAUUUUAUAUAUUUUGAA